AUGUUUGCGCCCUUCCUGUCCUGCUUUGUGGUGAUCGGGAUCAUUCCCUUCAUUGCUGCCGUGAAUCGUCAGUUCAGGGUAAAGUACAAGGUCACCAACAAGCGAGUUUCGGUCACAGGUGGUCUUGAUGGGAAAGACAUCACUGAGUUCUCCUACCAGGAAAUCUACGAGAUGAAGUACGGCCUGAGGUUUCUGGGCUAUUGCGCCGAUGUGAGGAUCAACCUUCGAGACGGCGCCAAAGUCGAGCUUUUCGGGCUGCUAAACUUCGAGGAGAUGAGGGAGAACUACAACUACAUGCUCUCCAAGCACUUGGCUUACUUCUGCAUCGGGGCCAAAGCCAUGGAUGGUGUUUUACAACUAAAGGCUCCAGGUCGCUUUUGGUUGGAUCCUCCUGAUGGUUUGUGUUUGCUGAAGCUCGUUUUUGGGGCUUGGGAUCGGAGGGUUUGCUGA